AUGGCUGAUGAAGGAGAAGAGAAGGCUCAUGUUGAUCAUCAUCAUCAUCAUCAUCAGAUGGUCUUAUCUGAUGAACAUGUGGCUCAAGAAAUGUCUGUAAUGGUGUCAGCUUUAAGUCAUGUUGUUGCUGGACAAAGAACAGGGACUUCUUCUUCUUCUUCUUCUUUAUCAUCAUCUUCUACUUCUGUUGGACUAAAGAGACUUAGAGAAGAAGAGUUAUCAAAAGAAAUGGAUUUUAGAUAUCAGAGAGCUUUCAAUGAGUUUGGGACUUGUCUUGGUGAACCCUCUUCUUCUUCUUCUUCUUCUCCAACUUUGCUAGCAAGAGUGCAAAGCCAUCAACAAAGCUCUUUCCCAGCUCCUCCACCACAACCAAUGAGACCACCACCAUCACCACCACCACCACCACCACCACCCAUGCAAUCAUCACCAUCACCUACAAACCAAGAAGCAGAGGAGGAGGAACUUCCAAGGAGAAGAUACAGAGGAGUGAGGCAACGUCCAUGGGGCAAAUGGGCGGCAGAGAUCCGAGACCCACACAAGGCCACACGCAUUUGGCUCGGCACCUUCGACAACGCUAUCGACGCCGCCCGUGCCUACGAUGAGGCUGCUCUCCGCUUCCGUGGCAGCCGGGCUAAACUUAAUUUCCCGGAGUUAGCUCGUCUCCGGCCACCAUCUCCCCCUCAUCCUCCACUUCCACCUCAUCAUCCUCAACAGUACUUAUCAAGGGACUAUGUUGAAUACUCCAGGCUUUUGCAGGGUGUUGGAGUUUAUCAACGAACUCCACCUGCGUCUCUUUUGGAUCAACUCUCUUCAUUCACUUCUUCUCAUUCUCAUGACCAUUACCAACAUGCUUCUUCUUCUUCUUCUUCUUCUUCUUCUUCAUCUUCUUCUACUAAUGCUUCUGCUUCUUCUUCUUCCUCUUCUGCUAAUCCUCCUUCUUCUUCAUCUUCUUCUGCUUCUGUUUUUUAUCCUUUUUAUUAUACUCCGAAUGGUGGGCAGUGAAUCAGUCAUGCAAGAACUUUCUCUUGUUUGGCCAUAUAAAUUGU